UCCAGAUGUGUUUGCAUUAUGGGAAAAGUUUGUAGCGGUGUGUUUUUUUGGCUAGAUCCUACAGAAAAACGCGUUAUUAAUGUUAGGAUUGUAAAUGUUAUAUUUUGUUUAUAGUGCGCGUUCAGAUGCAUGCAAUCACAUUUCGUAUUUCAUCUUGAAUAAGGAAGGUGCAGUAGAGCUGCCAGGGGGACCUGCAGAGAUUCUUGGCCCAGCAAGGGAACACAAAGCUGGGCAACAUCUGCUGAGGCAUCCUGUGUCUUCCUGAACUCCAUCAUGGCCACGGAGCAGCCCUUGAAGUCAUCUGGUCCCUCCCCUUUAAGUUCGCAGGUGCAUGCAGCAGCUGUGAAUGGAGACAGGAGCUCCUUGCAGAGACUGAUCACAGCAGAGCCAUGUCUGAGAGACAGUGAGGAUCAGUUUGGCAGGACUCCUCUGAUGUACUGCGUGCUGGCCGAUCGCUUGGAUUGUGCUGAGACGUUACUGAAGGCGGGAGCUUCGGUCAACAAAGCCGAUCGCAGCAAGAGGACAGCGCUGCAUCUCGCUGCACAGAAGGGCAACGUUCGCUUUAUGAAGUUGCUUCUGUCGCGGCAUGCUAAUUGGCUGCUGAAGGAUCUUGAGGAAAUGACACCGUUGCACUUAGCGACACGUCACUCCAGCCCUAAACCCCUGUCUCUCCUGCUGAAGCACAUGGCACCUGGAGAGGUUGAUACUCAGGACAGGAACAAGCAAACAGCACUGCACUGGAGUGCUUUCUACAACCACGCUGAACAUGUAAAGCUGCUGAUCAAACACGACUCAAACAUCGGAAUACCGGACAGCGAGGCAAAAUUCCCGCACUGGGCAGCUCACAACAAGCACCCCAACGCCACACACACUGUUCGCUGCAUUCUGGAUGCCGCCCCUACCGAGUCGCUUUUAAACUGGCAGGAUUAUGAAGGCCGGACACCACUUCAUUUCGCAGUGGCCGACGGAAAUGAAGAGGUGGUGGAAGUUUUGACUUCGUACAAAGGCUGCAGCGUGACAGCCUACGACAAUCUGUUCCGAACGCCGCUUCACUGGGCCUCAUUGCUCGGCCAUGCGCGUAUUGUUCAUCUGCUGCUGGAGAGAAACAAGUCAGGUAUGAUCCCAUCAGACACAGGAGCCACGCCGCUGCACUAUGGAGCUCAGAGCAACUAUGCUGAUACGGUGGUGGUGUUCCUGAGACACCCCUCGAUACGUGAUGAGCCUGAUCUGGAGGGCAGGACCGCCUUCAUGUGGGCUGCUGGGAAGGGCAGCGAUGAUGUCAUCAAGGUCAUGCUGGAGCUGAAGCACGAUAUGGACAUCAAUAUGGCUGACAAGUAUGGAGGCACAGCACUGCAUGCAGCCGCACUCUCAGGCCACAUAUCAACUGUACGGCUGCUGCUUGAAAAAGGAGCCAUCGUGGACCCUCUGGAUGUGAUGAAACACACUCCACUGUUCCGUGCCUGUGAGAUGGGCCACCGCGACGUCAUCCUUACGCUUAUCAAAGGUGGGGCACAUGUGAACUUGGUGGACACAGACGGUCAUUCGGCGCUGCACUGGGCAGCGUUGGGCGGAAACGCAGAGGUGUGCGAGGUGCUGAUGGAGAACGGGCUCGGCCCAAACCUGCAGGAUCACGCAGGCAGGACGCCGCUGCAGUGCGCUGCGUACGCAGGUUAUAUAAACUGCAUGGCCCUGCUUAUCCAGCAUGAUGCUGACCCCAACAUCCAGGAUAAAGAGGGGAGGACGGCGCUCCAUUGGUCAUGCAAUAAUGGAUAUUUGGAUGCUGUAAAACUUUUAUUGGGAUGUGGAGCUUUUCCUAACCACAUGGAGCACACAGAGGAGAGGUACACUCCUCUGGACUAUGCCUUACUGGGAGAGCAUCAGGAGGUGACGCAGUUCCUUUUGGAGCACGGCGCUCUGUCCAUCGCUGCCAUCCAGGAUAUCGCUGCUUCGUCCAUUCAGGCUUUGUACAAAGGUUAUAAAGUGCGGCGAGCUUUUAAGGAGCGCAAGAACCUAUUAAUGAGGCAUGAGCAGCUCCGUAAAGAUGCAGCCAAGAAGAGGGAAGAGGAGCGAAAGCGUGAGGCUGAACAGCAGCUCUUACUGGCCGGAGCACAUCGUCAGAUGACGUUGGUCCAAGUGAGAAGCGAGAAGCUGCCGUUGGCUGUUACUGAACUCGAGAUGAAAAGCAUGAAACCUAAAGGCCAGAAACAUCAAAAAUCAUCAAAGGUUUAUCUUAGCCAAUCACGUGACAGGACUGAGAAACAGCCGAAAGAGUCAGAGCACAGGGCCGAAACCCUAGAAACCUCUCCGGUAUCUACUUUAAACCUGCCCGUGAUUCCUCAAACUCUGAGCAGAUCAGAAACGAGGACAGAUGUGUGUGUGAGCGGUGUGCAUGCACCUGAAAAGAGUGUAGCCAGGACAGAGCGUCAUUCUCCUGCAGGUUCCAGCAGACCGGGCAGUGCCAGACAAACACACCCUGUUCAUUUGAGACCCAGGACUUCAGAAAGCAGCUCUAAACCCGAAUCCAGGACAAACCACCCAGCGAUGGCGUCCCCUCCUGCUGGUGUGUGUCAAUCCGGCCGCUUCAGCUCACUCCCAGUCGAAGCAGGACGGGAGAAGAGCAGAAUGAGGGAGCCACAGGCUGAGGGGGAAAAAGAAAAGCUGUCUAGGCCCAAGAGAGAGAAAGAACGUAGGACUGCAAAAGAAGCAGAGAAGUGCUCGAGGACCGUAAGAGAAGCAGAUAAAAUCUCUGAACGAGAAACCCAAAGAGGUUGGUGCAAAGACGUAGACAACGGAAGGCGCAUGGAAAAAGAGAAGGAGCCCAGAAGAAAGAAUCUGCAGAGAAGGACCCAAGCAGCGAGAGUGAUACAGGCAGCUUGGAGGAGGUUCUGUAUUCGAAGACGCCUUAAAGAACUGCUGUGUGGGAAUGUUGAAUGGCCCACGCCUGCAGAAGCCACCGCUCUUCUGAUUCAGUUUUUAUGGGAGCGUCCACUCCACAACGAUAACACGAGGCAGAAAACCGUAUCCAGAGUACAGUCACCUCCUGCUAAAGGCCCGGCAAAGAAAAGCUCAGUGCUGCAAAGUAUUUAUGGAGGAGCCCAGGCAAAAAGGGGGCGCUCACUGAGAGCUUUGUCCGCUCUCAACACACAUAGCCAGAGCCAACUACUGCACGACCUGUCGCUUAAGCCCACCAAACAAAUGAGUGGCAUCGAAUGCGUGCACUUACUGGACUCUAUGAAUCAAGCCAAGCAGUACUCGUAUCACCUCCGUCCUCCGAGUGCCAGCAGCCAGAGCAGAACCAAAGACUGAGAGCACCUUGGCGAACAUUCUUGUUCAUCAGCAAUGACCAAACUGUAUUCACUACACAUUUCCAAUAAUUCACAAACACACAGAAGACUGACAACACACUAUCGAGGUCCGGGAUUCUAUGUCGUCACCAGUGAGGUACAGAAGGAUGUCCUGACAACCACACAGGGAAAAGUCCUGAACCACGAGAUGACCUUCUUUAGCUGGUUACGGACCUGUCAUAUGGAUGACUUGGACCUGACAUAACAAGGCCGCCAGCACAGGAGUGCUUGAUAAGACAUUUUUAUCAAAUACAAUGGAAUCUGUAUCCAUGUACAAGUGAAGGGAUUUUUAAGCAAAACAAACACUGCAAAUUGGUGUUUUGUCAUAAUUGUUUCUACUUUGAACAUUUGAAGGAUCCUGUAUAGUCAUGUGACUGAUGAGUCCGGUGUUGGUUUAUAUUUUCUAAGGUCAGCGAAAUAUACCCACAUUGUAUUGUGUACUUGACUUUUAUAUAACGAGGGGUGACCGGAAAAAGCAGGGGUUGUUAUGCUAUUUAGCAGUGAGAGUAUAUUAAGGCAGAAUAUAAAUGUGUGGUAUACAGUACUGAGUAUAGGCAGUAGUUUAGCAACUCAGCACAACUUCACAAUGUGUACUUAGUUGUGCUGAGUUGCUAACUUCUGACUUUUUUGUAUGCUAAUUGAGUGAGGUCUCGUUUCAAAUUGUCUGGCAGCUGAUGCCCCCUGAAUAAAAAGGACACCAACUGCAAAUCAGUACUGUCUUUUUCUAACCGAUCACCUUUAUCGUAGAAACAUUUUGAAAAUGGGGUAGUCUCAUGCAGAAUGACUAAACAAUUUGAUGAGUCUCUGGAUGGAAAAUUGACCAAGCUGCCUCUCUAAGCAAGACCCUUAAAACUAAUGCUAGGCAUGAUCCCGAGUCCCGUUUACUCCCAUGAUUUAUCAGAUCUGAACAGAUUUUUGAGUGAUGUUUUGGAUGAAUCAUAGAACACCAAUAAAAGAAAUAUCUUAUGAGGAGGUAUGGUGUUUGCCUCUGCAGUACCACUCUAUAAAAAUGUAGAAGCUCUAACAGGGGGCAGAUCUGGCAUGCUGUGUGGGCUCAACACCUUGUACGUUCUUAUUUUUUCCUUUAAUUUGUCCUCCUUGUAUAUGCAUGUAUUAUAUAUCCUGUAGAAUUGUACUAUAUGGAUAAAACUUUGUGGACACCUGACCAUUAGAUUCAUAUAUUCCACAUUUAGUGCCUAUUUUGCUGCUCUAAUAUCCUCACUACUACUGCUUUCACUUUCAAUCCUUCUAAAGCAUAUCUUCAUGAAGAUGGCUUUGUGCACAGGGGCAUCGUCAUGCUGGAACAGGUUUGGUCUCCUAGUUCAAGUGACGGGAAAAUUAAUGCUACUGCAUCCAAAGAUACAAUUGUGGGCCUUAAACGUUGUGGUAACAGUUUGGGGAAGAACCACAUACUGCUGGAAAAGUCAGGUGUCUCAAUACUUUUGUCCAUACAGUGUAUAUAAACUGUAGAUAAAUUAGAAAGCAUACAUUCAUUUUUGUAUCAACUGCUCGUUCUUCUACAGCUGUUUUGUGCAAUACAUACGGCUUUGUAAAAAAAAAUUUAAUAAUAAAAAUUUUUUUUAUACCGUU